AGGUGUUUCUUUUGUAUUAGAUAUCCGCGAGAUGCCGCGAGAUGUUUCAAAAAGUGGUGGGGACAAUAUCGACCCUUUCAAAAAGUGGUGGGGACAUGUCCCACCCGCAAAUUACGCCUAUGAAUAUGACAUAGAAUCUUUUAAGACGACAGUCUCAGUGUUGAUCCUAAAUUGAUUCCAAACCCUGGAUAAAGCGGUUGAGUGAAUGUGGUCUGGACUCUGUGGAUGAGGGUCAUUGUGUCAGAGACGCUGUAGAAGGACAGAAUUCCUGCACUGUGAUCCACAUACACUCCUAUUCUAGAGUAGCUGGAGACCACAGGGAGUUCAAUUUCUUCCUUAUUGUGUCUGAAUGCACACCUGGAGUCAGAGCAGGACAAUCUCCAGGACUAAUCAUUAAAUCCAAAGACACAAUCAUCACCAUCUCCCUUCCUGCUGAUGCUCUUAUAUGACACUGAUAUUCCCAUCCCAGCCUUCCCACUCCACUUGACCUCCCAGUAACAGCAUCCAUACACACUCUCUCUACACAACACCUGAGAAAAAUCAUGAAAUCUGUCCGGAUGAUCAGGGUACUGCUGGUCAGCCCCAAUAAAAGUAGCCACUCUGUUGCCUUCAGACAGACGGAGGUAUUUAUGUGCAGUGUUUGAAUCCAGGGUGAGCUGACAGGAAUCUGCAUGGGGCAAAAAAUACACUUAAAGUUAGGUACCAAGGUGAUGUGUGGCCUUUAAAUAAUGUAAAGCUAGAAAAUUAGAUUCAGAUGAUAACAAAGAUUAGAAUUCAGGCUAACAACUGAUAUAUCCUUCUUGAGAAUUCAUAAAUGUCUGACAGUUUGUGUUUGCUUUUUGUUAGUAACACUUACAUUGUAAGAACUCAUCUCUGGACUUGGGUUCAGUUGUGGUAAUGAUCUCAAUGUAUGUCACUAAUGAAAAAAUUACAUAUAUGGUGUAAUUCACAUGUAAAGACAAUAUUAAAUCAAUACAAUACACACAGAGAAUUCCAGCAGAGAAUCCAGGACGGUGAGAAGAAGCUUCAGGAGAUGAAAGAGGCUGUGAAGACUCAUAAGCGUUCUGCACAGGCAGCAGUGGAGAACAGUGAAAGGAUCUUUACUGAACUGAUCCGCUCCAUUGAGAGAAGCCGAUCCAAGGUGACACAGAUGAUCAGAGAUCAGGAAGAGGCUGAAGUGAGUCGAGUUGAAAGACGCUUAGAAGAAUUGAAGCAGGAAAUUGAUGAUUUGAGGAGGAGAGACGCUCAGCUGAAGCAGCUUUCACACCCAGAUGAUCACAUCCAUUUCCUACAGUGAAAUGGCAGAAGCUAAAAUUUCAGUGGAUCGGGAUCAGUUCAGCUGUUUAAUCUGUCUGGAUCUACUGAAGGAUCCAGUGACCAUCCCCUGUGGACACAGUUACUGUAUGAACUGUAUUACAGACUACUGGAAUGAUCAGACGAGAGUUUACAGCUGCCCUCAGUGCAGACAGACCUUCACUCCAAGACCUGCUUUAGGUAAAAAUACUAUGCUGGUUGAAGUGGUGGAGAAACUGAAGCAGACUAAACAGUCUCGUCCUGCUUUCAGUUAUGCUGGACCUGGAGAUGUGGGGUGUGACUUCUGUACUGGAAGGAAACGCAAAGCUGUAAAGUCCUGUCUGAUGUGCCUGGAAUCUUACUGUCAAAGUCACUUUAAGUGUCAUGAAGAAUCUCCUUUAAAGAAACGACACAAAGUGACUGAUGCCACUGGACGACUGCAGGAGAUGAUCUGCCCUCAACACAACAGACCUUUGGAGGUUUUUUGUCGCACUGACCAGCGAUGUAUUUGUUUGAUGUGUGUGAUGGAUGAACACAAAAGUCAUGAUACUGUUCCAGCUGAAGCAGAGAGGACAGAGAAACAGAAAAAGGUUGGAGAGAUACAAGGAAAAUUCCAGCACAGAGUCCAAGAAAGACAGAAAGAGCUUCAGGAGUUCAGAGAGGCUGUGGAGACUCACAAGCGUUCUGCACAGGCGGCAAUGGAGGUCAGUGAGAGGAUCUUUGCUGAACUGAUCCGCUCUAUUGAGAGAAGCCGAUCUGAGGUGACACAGAUGAUCAGAGAUCAGGAAAAGGCUGAAGUGGGUCAAGCUGAAGGACUCUUGAAGCAACUGGAGCAGGAGAUUGAUGAUCUGAGGAGGAGAGAAGUAGAGCUAGAGCAGCUUUCACACACAGACAAUCACAUCCGUUUCCUACAGAACUUCCAGUCUCUCUCUGAACAUCUGGAAUCCACAGAUGUAUCCAGCGUUAAAGUCAGUUCUGUCCUCUCUUAUAAAGAUGUGAGAAAACCGGUCUCUCAAUUGAAAGAAAAACUGGAGAAGUUCUGUAAAGAAGAGAUGAAAAAAAUAUCUAGUCGAGUAAGAAACAUCAACAUCAUUUCCAGUAACGAACCCAAGACUAGGAAGGAGUUCCUACAGUAUUCCCAUCAGCUCACUCUGGAUCUAAACACAGUGAAUAAGCAGGUUCAUCUGUCUGAGGAUAACACAGUGGCUGCAUACACUGACACAGUCCAGGCUUAUCCUGAUCACCCGGACAGAUUUGAUGUUUGGCCUCAGGUGUUGUGUAGAGAGAGUGUGUGUGGACGCUGUUACUGGGAGGUGGAGUCAAGUAAUGGUAUGGGAAUAUCAGUGUCAUAUAAGAGCAUCAGAAGGAAGGGAAAGAGUAAAGAAUGUAUCUUUGGAUUUAAUGAUCAGUCCUGGAGAUUGUCCUGCUCUGCCAGUUACUCAUUCUUGCACAAUAGCAAAACAGUUAAACUCCCUGUGAUCUCCAACUCGUCUAGAAUAGGAGUGUAUGUGGAUCACAGAGCAGGAACUCUGUCCUUCUACAGCGUCUCUGACACAAUGACCCUCAUCCAGAGUCCAGACCACAUUCACUCAACCGCUCUAUUUUGGGUUUUGGCUUUAUACAUCAACAGGGAAACUGUGUAAUAUAAGAGAAUAGGUAGGCUAAUAGAAAUCCUACAAAUAAUUUCAUAUCUCAUGCUUGAGCUACAUGUUGAAUCACUUACAGUAAGAGCUUUGUUUUGGGCUUAAAUACUAGCUGAAUUUAUGUCACUGAAAUAACAUAUAAGCAAAUGCUGUAAGCAUGUGGUGUCGAUUUAUUUUUCUGCUUGCUGGUGGGUGCCCACCCUCCAGUACACUGCCAAUAUAAUUGUUUCAUAUAUUAAUAUAUAUAUACAUUUGAUUUUGUUGUACAUUGUUAUUGACCCAGCCAGUAUAGUGACAAUGAAAGCGCUCAAGCUGAAUAUCAAAUCUGAAUGAAAUAUAGUAAUAUGUAAACAAUAUGAUUUAGGCUAUGCAUACUGUUUGGUAUGGGUUCGAUACAGCAGGGGGAGACAACUAAACAUAAAAUUGCUUCUUAUAUUAAACAGUGGUUUA